AUGGCUACUGAUAACUUCGUUCAACCUGCCAUCCCGCGUUUUGAUGGUCACUAUGACCAUUGGAGUAUGUUGAUGGAGAACUUCUUAAGGUCCAAAGAAUAUUGGCAGGUCGUCUCCAAUGGAAUAGCAGAACCAGCAGCAGGCACAGCAGUGACAGAUGCACAGAAAACAGAAUUAGAAGGACAAUGCUUGAAGGAUCUCAAAGCGAAAAAUUAUCUUUUCCAAGCCAUUGAUCGUUCAAUCUUGGAAACCAUUCCUUGUAAGGAUACGUCCAAACACAUCUGGGAUUCCAUGAAGAAGAAGUAUCAAGGUUCGGCAAGGGCAAAGAGGCAGCAGCUUCAAGCACUUCGUUCGAAGUUCGAAACACUACGAAUGAAUUCAGGAGAGUCGGUCACAGAUUACUUUUCACGGACAAUGGCAAUCGUCAAUAAGAUGUGGAUCCACGACGACAAGACGGAGGACGUCACCAUAGUAGAGAAGAUCCUUCGGUCCAUGAAACCAAAAUUUAAUUUUGUUGUUUGUUCCAUAGAAGAAUCUCAUGAUAUUGAUGAACUUUCAAUUGACGAAUUACAAAGUUCUUUGUUGAUUCAAGAGCAUAAAAUCAACCAGCAGGAGAAAGAGGAGCAAGCUUUGAAGGCCUCCACAGAAAAUCAUCCGGCAUCAAGGAGAGAUAGAGAACGAGGUAGAGGUAGUGGUAGAGGCAGAGAAAGCAAUGAUCGUGGAAACCAACAACAACAUCAACAUCAAGACAACCAAGUUCAAGGAAGAGGAAGAGGAAGAGGAAGAGGAAGAGGAAGAGGAGACCACCACUCGACUACAUAUAGACCAAGGUUAGCAGACAAGUCCAAUGUCGAGUGCUACAGAUGUCACAGGUAUGGCCAAUAUAAGUCUGAAUGCCGAACUAAUUUAAAUAGACAACAUGGAGAAAUGUCUAAUCUUGCAGAGAAGGAAGAAGAAGUAUCCUUGUUAAUGGUUUGUCAUGUAAAGGAGGAAACCAACAAGAAUUUGUGGUACUUAGACACAGGCUGCAGCAAUCAUAUGUGUAGAGACAAGUCGGCAUUCUCUUAUUUGGAUGAGUCAUUUCGUGAUAAUGUGAAGUUUGGUGACAAUUCUAUAGUCUCAGUUUGUUAUGGUCACACCAACCGGCAGCGCACUGCGGCACAGUCAUAG